CAUCACCUAGGACACAGAGGAACAGGAAGGGAAUAGGACAACUUCAACAUGCCUACCAGGUCUCCAUCAAGAAUCAUGCCUGAAACAAAGAAACCAGGCUUCAAAGUUGCAAAACCAAAAGCAGCAAAAAAGGAACCAGAGAACGUGCCGAUCUACGAGCCAAACAUCAAAGAGCCAACAUGUAGAGCUGAACUCCUGAAAUACUGGAUCAAUCUAUCUCUUAAUGACAAAACAGCCAACAAAAUGCUGUGGAUCACAGAUGGAGGUAACAAAGUAAUGCGUCGCUCCGGGGAGGUGUGUCCUUGCUUGGACAAUCCAGAACGCUAUGACUAUUCUCCACAGGUGCUAUGCAAACAGUCUCUGUUUGGCGCUCGGGGCUACUGGGAGGUGGAGUACUCUGGAUGGGUGGUCAUCGGGGCCACGUAUGAAGCCGUGGGCAGGAAAGGAUGCGACGGGCCCUGUGGCCUGGGGGAGAACGAGACCUCUUGGGCCCUGGAGUGGUCGGGAGCCUACUACCAGGCCUGGCACAACGGGGUCAACACCGAAAUCCGCAACAUACCACACUGCUCGACCAUCGGCGUCUACCUCGACCAGCCUGCCGGUAUCAUCAACUUCUAUUUGGUCCAAGGUGGGAGCGAGGGAGAGGAGCUGAAAGAGGUGAAGCUGCUUCACAGGAUACAGGCUGAAAUCACACAGAAGAUUCUCCCAGGCUUCUGGAUGGGAAUAAACUCAUCCUGUACACUACUGAGAAAAGAAUAGACAUGUGCUUGCAGUUGAAGUGUGCUUGUUGCAGUUUCAGACAUAACCAGUGGUGUAGUCUACUUUUUUGUGGUGGGUAUACUAUAUAUUUGAACAUUUUUGUGGUGGGUAUACUAGGCCUAUAUAUUAAGUGCUAUUCUAAAUAUUGAAUCAAUCAAUUUUAGGUGGGUAUACUGAAAUCCCUGCCAUUUUCAGGUGGGUAUACUGCCUAUACCUGCAUUCUACGUAGACUACACCACUGGACAUAAGGACGCAAGAAAGAAGCAAACUAGUUUUUUGAGUCUGUAAGAUUGAUUGUCUGGGUCCAUAUGUGUUAUUGUAUGUAUGUAUGGUGAUAUUAUCAUGAAUUAUGACGGUGUGAAAUUCUAGAUGUAAUAUAGCCUAAAAGUGAUGAUUGUUACUGCAUGCAAAUGCAUGUUGAUUUUAUUCAGCACAUUUUGUUUUAACAUGAUUUUAUAUUCUAUAGUAAUUUAAGGUAAAUAUUCUUGUAUUUUCAAAGUCUUGCCAGAUCGUUGUGAAAAUGUAUUCAUGAUUUGCACCUUACUGGCAUUUUUCUUAAAUAAAAAAUAUAAAGACUA